AUGUGCUCUUCCGAGGGUCAUCAGGCAGUGUCCACACAAGAGGAAGGCACGACUGAGGUGGAAACUCCCUCCUUCGCGCCCUAUCGAACUUCUCAGUCUUCCCACCUGUCCGACUCAUCGAAUUUCACCACCCACUCAACUAUGCCCGCUGAUCACGCCGAGCUCUCAACACGCCGUCUUCGAUCCCACGACGUCGUGAGAGGCUCCCCCAAACAAACAUCCAAAGAAAUCCCCUCGGUGCCUGUCUUGCCAGACCCUUCUUCGCCGCUCGUCCAAUACCCCAAAUUCAAUCCCUCAAACGCAGCUGAAGACUGCUUCGAGACUGAAAUCCACCCGACAACUGUCCGAACCGCGUGGAUUAUCAACCGACCAUCCUCACGAGAGGAGAUUGAGGUGGCUAUCGAUAUAAUCAAAGAAGAAUUCGACUCAGACUGUCCCCCACCUUCCCAAUACCUCCUCGUCAAAUGCAUCCCAUCCAAGCUUUUUAAGGCGCUACUGAAAGAUCAAGAGACUCCGAAAGGAGUAUGUGUGUUAAUCCUUCAUCACAAACAAGAGAUUCUAUACAGGAUCAUGCCGGGCGCUUGGCAUCAACUCAUCGUUCAAAGGUUUAAUAGAUGGAUCGAUAUUACUCUCGGAGCCAUGGGGGUAAGCUUUUGGGACUCCAACCCUCCUGAUUACGAUCUUGCUGGGUCUACACGGCGGAUUGGUUGUUCGUCUGAGAAGGAGCCGGACUCCUCAUUUUACCCCGGAGGACUGCCGGUCCCUGAAGGUCCCGUCGUCCUUUGGCCCUCUCUCGUCUUAGAGGCCGGUGUAUCAGAAUCCCUCGCACAGCUGAGGGCAGAUGCCCAAUGGUGGUACGCAAACUCCGGCCACAGAACAAAGAUUGUGGUCCUUAUAUAUGCCCCAUCUCACUCCCAACCUAACUCCCAAUCUCCCUCCCAAUUUCACUCCCGCGAUGUCAGUAUCGAGAUUUGGACCGAGGUCGAGAGCCAGAGCGAGCUCAGGACUAGGGGGCGGCAAAGUCAAGUCCUGCAAUGCACGCAGAGGGCUAGCUUUACCAAUGGCGUGGUGUCGGGCCCUGUGUUAGUGAUCCCUUUCCAGACCCUGAUGCGGCGGCCGGCCCAGAACCCGGCAGAGACGGACUUGGAGCUUACGCCGGAAUUCAUCCUGAGAAUCUGUCGGUAG